UCUCUCUCUCUCUCUCCCAAAAGCCAUCACCAAUCUUUGAAGCUCUCUCUCUCUCCCCCUUUAGCGCGAGCUAGAAAGGAGAAUGGAUGGAGACAGAAAGAAGAGGAAGAUCGAUACAGAACCGGUAGCAGAAGAAGAGAGCGAAGAAGAGAAGAUGGAGAAGUUCUUCGCUCUCAUCCAAAGCACGCGGGAAGUGCGCGACCAUCUCCGAGGCAGCGGCGUGUCAUCCUCAGAAGGAACCGAGAAAUCGCGGGAGGACCGAAGGAAAGCCGAGGAAGAUCAACCCAGACCGAAAGAACCCGCAUGGAACCCCGCCUUUCGACCCGAGGACUUCAGCCAAGAUCCCUUUCUGUACAAAUCUUCGACUACUCCUACUACUCCCGAUGUCCCGAGCUCGAGCGGCCACGAAGCUCAAGCCGGUCCUUCACAAAGUAAACGCGACGACGCAGGAAAAAACGACGCUGAUGAUAAGAAGAAAAGAGAAAAAGACGGCGAGGACGAUGACAAUGGUGACGACAGUUUAGAUCUUAAGCUUUCUUUGUAAUGUGCGGCCACGAUGCACGUAGACAGGAGAACAAUUUGUUUGUAGUUUCAUGAACUUGCAGGGCUUUGAUUUCCGGUUAGGGUUUGAUGGGGGUUCAAAGGCGUUCGGAUGACGUAACUGCUGACGUCAAAUGGUUAUGGGGCUAUUUUAUUUUUAUUCUUUGUCUGCUGGUUGGACCAUAUUGAUUCUGUAGUAUGUUGGUCUGAACCCUACUAACAAAAAUUAUUAAAGGGGAAGAAGAAAGGGC